CGAGGUCGAGAGAAGAAAGCAUCGAUCGGUCGAUCGAACGUCGGCCAUGUCACGCAGCGGCGACAGUGCGGUAGACGGCUAACCAACGACACGCAUAAAGUCCGGAGUCCGAGAAUUUUCGCGAAUAUGGCCCGAAUUGUCGCCGUGAAGGACUACCUCGAGAAAGCCCUGAAGGAUGAGAGCAAGCCGUGGACGAAGGUGUUCGCCCAAGCGGAGGAGAAGACCGGCAUCGAUCGACUGUACAUUUUUCUCGGAUCACUAACACUGCUAGCUGUGUACUUGGUAUUUGGACUAGGGCAGCAGCUAGUAUGUAACAUAGUUGGCUUUGUUUAUCCGGCUUACCAAUCUAUGAAAGCUCUGGAAAGCCCUAAGAAGGAGGACGAUACAAAAUGGCUCACUUACUGGGUUGUCUUCGCUGUAUUUACUAUAGUAGAAUUCUUCUCUGAAUAUAUUGUCUGUUGGUUCCCAGUCUAUUGGUUGUUCAAGUGUGUAUUUUAUAUAUGGUUGAUGGCACCGACUGAGUACAAUGGUUCCUUAAUCCUGUAUCGACGUAUUGUCCGUCCAAAGUUUUUGCAGUAUCAGCCUGGAUUAGACAGAUUAUUAUCCAAUGCACGUGACACAGUAAAAACUGCAGCGGAAGCAUUGUUGACCAACAAGCAAGAUUAACAAGAUUACAAAUCACACUAAGAGGAACUUGUGAAAGUCCAAUUGUCUUUCCCUCUGUCUCAAGAUUCUGACAGGAAAUAUUGUAAACUUUGUGCUUUUUUGAAUAUAUUUCUAAGUGUCCUACACUUUAAGUGACAUUAAAGAAAGAUACCGGACUGAAAAUUGUAAGUACCCCCGCACAGAUCGAUGAUUGUUAAAGUUGCUAGGAAAUCCGGUUGAGUAAAAUCUUAUGUUAAUAGCGAAUACUACGGGACAAACAAAAGUACACAAGAAAAAAAGUAUUUCUCUCUAAAAAAUAAAUUAUUUGCAAAGCAGUGUGAUAGUUUGGUUAUAGAAUUAGAACCGAUUAAACAGGUUCGCCAUAGCACGGAAAUAUGCGUUUUGUUUCCAGUCGCUCGACUGGGAACAGAACUUUGGAAUGUUUUUGUAUUAUAGAGUAGGAACGUCGAGUGUAUUUUCGCCAUCCUUAUACGUAGUAAUUGUUAAUACAUAUAUUCUAGUAUAUCUUUUACCGAGGGUAAAUCAACGUCGAUUAAGUAUUUAAAUCUUGAAUUAACUGAUCAUAGAUUGUCUAUAGUUGACUAGUUCUACUACUCUAAACGCUGAUUGUCCCAAUCUCUCGGUAAGCUACUUGACAGUUAAAUCAUACGUCUGUUUUCGUUUUUUUUUUUCAAAUUAGACAAAGACAAAUAUAUGAUUUAACUAUUAGGUAGCUUACCAAGAAGUUGGAACAACUAGUCCUAAGACAUUAAUAUUAAAAUUACUCGACAAUGAGAUUUCUCAAUAUUGUAAAUUGUGAACGCGUUUGAACUAAGUAAAAUCGAUGUUGAUGGAACCAACCCUUAAUAUGCCUUACAUAAGAUACUAGACAUGACUGUUAAGGAGCGGCUAUUUAAUUCUGAAGAAAUUAACAAGAUUCAACAAGUAUGGCAUGUAAAGAAUAUUUAUUGAAAUUCGCUGGUGAUACCUAUAUGAUUCUUUUUUCCGGUAAAUUUUUUUAUUACGGUUGACGUUUAAUGGCGCGAUUAUUUUUACAUAAGCUUUUUCUCUUAAAAGAAUUCGGGGAGAAGCUCCUUAGCUAGUUCAUGAACCGCCAAAUGCAACGAGAGGGCGGAUCGAUGGUAUACAUCUACGUUUAGCUUAACUUUGUACGUCUCACGUGUGAACUUGCAUCGUAUUUGCAUGCGACCGUCGUCUGUUCUUCGUUUAGUGUAUUCUACGUUAUACAUUCUUUAUUUUUAAAUUGUAGACGCACCCUAAGAUAUGUGUUGCUCAAACUUGGCAUAUUGAUGCUGAGUAACUUAACUAUUGAUAAUUGUGUAUCCGAUGUUUCAAGUGCGGAUCAAAAUAUCCGACAUUUUUUUGUGACUUUGAGACUAAAUUUUCUUAAACUCUCUUUCGAUCACACGUAAAAUUUUACGUCGUUUCAAUUACGCGCUCAGUGCUACGAUUGUCGCCGGGUUAUACGGGUUUCAAGCGGAAUUGUAAAUUUAAAUGUAUCGACGAUGAUUGUAAAUUGCUAUUAAGGAAUGUGCACAAAUAAAGAUCUUUUUAUUUUA